UACAUUAUCUGUAUCUUCCAAAGUAAAACAAGCACUUUCAACACUGGAUUGGGCACUUAGAUGUGGUACCAUGCGUCCGCCUAAGGUAGCUGCUAGCGCCAAGUGGGCAAGUCCUUGUCUAUUGAAUGAUAUCAUCAAGCUGACGCAAGAUAGAUUGAAAAUUUCGUCUGACCUGGCCGCCAUGGCCCAUCUGCUAAUUUGACUCACGUGUAACUACAUCAUUCGUGGGUCCAAUAACGACCCAAUAAUGCUGUUUGAAUCCCUUGUGUUCAUGUAAUUUUACCACUCUUUCAUCCUUAUCAUCAGAGUAGAUAUUAAAUUUUUGUUUUCUCACUCCAAAUGGUGUGUUUUUUCCCUCCCCCUCUGCCUAUAUAUGUCCCCUGAACUUCCCAAUGUGUUUCCUAUGACCGAAGACCACUCACCACCAAAUACCAUAUACAAAGAGAAGAAUUAAGAAUUUCAAAUUAAAGCCUGAAAAUAAUCUCAAGUUUUAUCAAUGAAUUCUUCAUACUUCCAAUACCCAUAUUCUCAAUUCUCUCCUGAAUCAUCUUCUUCCUACGUUUCUCAAGAAAAUUUGUCACUAGAGUCGUUCAAUUAUCCCCCUAACCAAGCCCUUCCCUUCAACGAAAAUGACUCUCAGGAGAUGCUUCUCUUAGGAGUCCUAAACCAAGCUCCAGCAAGCUCCUUCGACACCGCAUCGGUUAAUAAUUCCAGAGAUGAUGAAGUAAGCUCAAAAGCUAAUGAAGAGGAGUCUACCAGGGAGAUAUCUUACAGAGGAGUCAGGAGAAGACCUUGGGGAAAAUAUGCGGCUGAAAUAAGGGAUUCCACAAGAAACGGCGUUAGAGUUUGGCUUGGAACCUUUGAUACUGCUGAGGCUGCAGCUUUAGCCUAUGAUCAAGCUGCAUUGGCAAUGCGGGGUUCUUUGGCUAUCCUCAAUUUUCCAAUGGAGAAAGUCUACGAAUCACUUCAAGAAAUGAACUAUGGGUUUGAAGAAGGGUGUUCACCUGUUUUAACAAUGAAGAAAAGGCACUCCUUGAAGAGCAAAAAGGGGUUGAUGAAGAAAGUCAAGAAAGAGAAGGAAGUGAGGAUGGAAAAUGUUGUGGUGUUGGAGGAUUUAGGAACUGAUUACUUGGAGGAACUUCUUAGCAUAUCCGAGAGUUCUACUCUUUGGUAAAACUUGAGAAUUACUUGCCAUUAAUUAAUUGGAGGAACUAAUUCCUUUUUCUUUUCUUAUAUCCUUACUGUUUAGACAUUGAGAUGUUGAGGACAACGACUUUUUCCUCUUGGAUAAUUGUCUUUUGUAAAUGCUGAAGAUGGAUAUAGGAUUAAAGUUUUUGUGGGACAUAGAAUUUUAUAUGUCAACUUGGGCAAGUGGACAACACCAUUAUUUGCUAGCUUUCUUUAUCAUUGUUCCAUUGAGAUGGAACUUGAUUGUGACAAUAUUGUCUUAGUUAUCAAUUCAUUGUAAUUAACAACUAGGAUUACAUUUGAUGUAUUUUGCAACUGAUUCUAGAUAAUGUUUAAAAGACAAUAAUUAAAUAUCA